AUGUUGGACAGAAAAAGUAACAAUAACAAGAAAUAUGUCAUUUUUUCGUCGUCUGUAGCUCUACUGAGUGUGGCUUUAGGAAUUAUUGUAGUUUUUGAGCACCAGAAAUUAAAAGAGCUCGAGAGUAGACUGUUAAACGUGGAAUCUGGUAAUGAUGUUACGCGGGUUAGGAGACAUGUUGACGAAUAUAUUAAGAAUACCAAUACAAAGAGAAGCUUAACUGAAUCAAUUAAAUCAGAAGUCGAACCAUUUAUACGUGAAUUAUUUGAUUCCUCCGUAAAGAAUCUCGAGAAGUUAUGUGGUGAUUCUUCUAAAAUAUGCCUUCCAGGUCCACAAGGCCCAAAGGGUGAUCGAGGACCAAGAGGUCAGCCUGGUUCAGCUGGUGCUCCACCAACUACUGCUUGUUGUGAGCGUUUGAUUGCCCCGGUAAUAAAAGGUCCACUGUAUGAGGAAAUAACAGCAACAUAUAACAUAGAUAUCCUGUUACCAUGUGAGCCGAAUGUUGGUUACCCUACACCGUUGGUCUUCUGGAAUACCACCGUACUUGGCACAUUUAUAAACAAACCAAAUGGUCUAUUUAUACCCAAAGCUCAAGCACACCACGAAGGUCAUUAUGAAUGUACCAUAUCAAAUAUUUUUGGUACUUCUACUAAAAAGAUUGACCUGAAAGUAAAAGGAAAGAUAACAGUUAACGUUACCAUACCCGCCAAGGCGUUUGUAGAUGGUAACCAUGAAUCUGCUAGACUGGUUUGUGACUAUACAGGAGUACCAUUGCCCUCUAUAUCGUGGAGGCAUAUUGGUCUGGAUGGUACCAAUGCCACAGUGACUAAUAAUGUUGUCACCAUAGGUUAUCAAAGCGUACUAACGUUUUCUGAUCUAGUGUUUCUGCAUUCUGGAGUUUACAUUUGCACUGCUUCUAACAGAUAUGAAACUGUAGUUUCUUAUGGUGUUCUCGAAGUGCAAGCUAAACCAUACAUGAUAACAAGCCACUUCCGUAAUUUGUCGGUAAUCAAAGGAAAAGAUUUAAUUCUCGAAUGUACAGUGGUUAGCAACCCUAUUGCUGCAAUUACUUGGAAGUUACCAGAGAUUUCUGGUCAUACACCGUUCAACGUAUUUGACAAUGGAGAUGGGUCUAUUACUAUUAGAGAUGCCCAACAAAUCAAUGAAGGAGACUAUACAUGUAUUGCAUCAAACAGUUAUGGAAACGUCAAUGCUACGUCAACGGUCGACGUAUUAGAACCGGUAACUGUUCAAAUAGUACAGGCAAGACACCGCAUAGGAGAUCCCAAUGUCAAUUUCAUUGCUUUAGAUUGUCGUGCAAAAGGUGAUCCACAACCAACAUUAAAAUGGGACAAACUGGGAACAGUGUUAGAUCGAAAAGAAAGUCGCUAUAUAUUCCUUGACAAUGGUGAUUUUAUAAUUAGUAGUGUUUCUAAUGCUACUUCUGAUAUAGACUCUGGUGUUUAUACCUGUACAGCAUCAAAUAGUCACUCAUCUAAUACAGCUUAUGGAAUAAUAUAUUACGACCACGCUGAUGUAGACUGUAAUACGAAAUUUGAAGAUUUUUCCUCCAAACUUGCAUUAGCUCACAGAGCAAAGUGUCCGUUAGAUUGUUUAUCCAAGAGUGGUGAAAUUUAUGGUAGUGGACCUUAUAGUAUGAAUUCGCCUAUUUGUAAAUCAGCGGUACACAAAGGAGUUCUUGGUAAUAGUGGAAACCAAAUUGUUCUGUGGUAUACGUCAUUAGGUACCAAUGCCAAUUUUCAAGGAACAACAAAGAACGGCGUAACAACUCAUACGUCGGGUCCAUUAUUUGAUGCUGCCUCUAUCCUAGAUAUCUCCACUGGAUUGUAUCCCAAAGUUAAAUCAACAUCUCACGUUAUUGGCUAA